UUUCGUGCCAGUGAUCCCGCGGUGAUCUUAUGAUUCGACGACAAGAAUUUUGCCGUAAAAAAAAUCCUGGCUCGAAACUCUACGUGUUUUGCGGGUGGAACCCGGUUGUAAACAAGUUCGAAGGGGGAAAAUUUGAAAAAUAAUAAUUAAAAUCGUAGUAUUUUUAAAGUGAUCCACACGUAUAUCGCACAACGAAAUGAAGUAGAGUGAUAUUCAAAGCCGCCUGAUAAACGUAAUAAGGGCUAGGAAUUACGAUCGUUCGAUCGAUGGUCUUCGACGCAAAGUAGUUAAAAGGCAGUUCGAAUUCUCACGUUGUCGGAGAUCGCCGGAUCUUUGACGAGAUCGAUCGUGAGGUCGACAAACUCACGGAGACAAUUACUUACGUCGCGAAGUGGAAAGAUCAGUUAAUUAGCGACCGCGUGAUCUUCCGGGAUGUUUUACUGCGAUCAGCGGUGGCUGUAGUGAAAGUAAAUCCGGCGACUCGAUUCACCCGCAGUGCAAUUAGCGCUUCAGUGCCUAUAAGAAUCCAGUCAAGUGAUCCGUUAGCGUUAUCGUGAAAGUUAUCGAUCCAUUCACCUCCCACUCUCGAGAUCGCUCUGUAUUGCAUAGAGCUUUUAAUAAGUGAUAACUGUGAAACGCGUUCUCGUCUUGUAGAAAUUUACUCUUUGACUAUUACUUUUUAUUGUCUUUCAUUUCUUUUCGUUUUGACUGCGAGGAUCGAAGACCUUUUCUCAGCUGGACAUCAACAGUUGAGAGACUAAUAUUCAACGAAAAUGACCGUGGUUAUGGAGAGAACAAACACCAUUGUUACAUGGCCAUCAAGACUGAAAAUCGGAGCAAAGUCGAAGAAAGAUCCACAUAUAAAAGUCGCAGGACGACUAGAUGAUGUACGAUCAGCAAAGGAGAAGAUAAUGGAAGUUUUAGACACACGGCAAAGUAACAGAGUGACUAUGAAGCUGGAUGUUAGUUACACCGAUCAUUCGCACAUCAUUGGCAAGGGUGGCCUGACGAUUAAACGAGUGAUGGAGGAAACUGGUUGCCACAUCCAUUUCCCAGACAGCAAUCGCAGCAAUCACCAAGAUAAGAGCAAUCAGGUCUCUAUUGCCGGCGAGAUGGAGAACGUCGAACGCGCUCGCGCUCGUGUUAGGAACCUGACGCCACUGAUCUUUUCCUUCGAGCUUCCUAUAAUGGGCGCUUCGCAGAGCAUGCCAGACUGCACUUCGCCGUACGUGGUGAAGAUACAAGAUAAGUUCAAUGUACAGGUGAUGUUUCGUACAAGACCGAAGUUGCACGCCACUCUAGUGGUUGUCAAGGGAUGCGAGUGGGAAGUUUCCCAAGUCAAGGAAGCGACGCAACUACUGAUUCGUCAUAUGUGCAAAAAUCUAGCUAGUCAAAUCCAAGUACAAAUGUCGAUGGAGAUCUCACCUCAACACCAUAGCAUCGUCUUAGGGAAACAGAGUAGCAAUUUGAAGAUGAUUAUGCAACGUACCGCCACGCAGAUUAUGUUUCCUGAUGCCGGCGAUCCGAAUAUACCCAGUCUAAAGAAAAGCAACGUUACUAUUACUGGCGAUAUACACAAUGUUUAUUUGGCUAGACAACAAUUAGUAGGCUCGUUGCCAUUGGUACUUAUGUUCGAUCUGCCGGAAGAUUCUAUGACUGCUUCGGUGGAUGCGGAAAAGAUCUCCCAGCUUAUGCAGUCUUUGGACGUGUUUAUCAACGUACGUCACAAGCCAAAACAGAGUACACUCUCUGUAAUUAUCAAGGGAAUCGAGAGGAAGGCCAGUAAUAUUUACCAGGCGCGGAAACAGUUGCUGGGACUGGAUGAGCCCAUAGUAACCGCUGAAAUACCAGUUACUUAUCACAUUCCGAAUGCUGGCAAUAUUUUCCAGGGCAGUUCCAAUAACGAUGGCACCAACAACUUGAUUAGCGGCGUACAGGAAAACUUCUCGAGCAUAUUAAAUGUAAAUACGCAAAAUUCGUCGUAUUGCGUAUCGCCGAUUUCGCACUCACCGAAUUCUCUGGGUCUGUCGCCACACUGGGGCCUCACUCAUCAUUAUGUUUCGUCACUGUGUCCGUAUCCCUACUCUCAUUUAAAUCAUCUGUUGACGACACAACACAUGCUACACAACAACAUGAUGGGAACUUCUCACGGACCCCACGGAUUAUCGAACCACGUGAUGCCUCCUGGUAUUGGAGCGUUUCAUCAUAACAACGUACCGACCAACUUUUCCGGUAUCCACGGUCUGAACGCCAAUUCAUUGAUGGAUAACAAAGAUGGUGGCAGUGCUUAUUCUUCGCUAAGUAGCGUUUCUAGUUCUUUAUCUAGUCCUGCUAUUAGUCCUCGUAACAUCUCACCAGUCAACCCUACGGAUACUAAUACUAACUUAGCGGAUCUAUCUAGCAUGUUGUCCGAUUUACCGGUUACCGAUCGACGUGCACCUGGUUGUGAGAAGAAAUCGCUCGAGAUGGCUGCGCAGCAGAAUCUCACGCCCUUCGAUUAUGAGCAGAAGAAACUGUUGGCCACAAAGGCAAUGCAGAAUAAAUCAAGCACCAACGAUUUCCGCGUACCAACGUCUACUUGGUCUGGUUAUGGUCUUAGCCAAAGUAUUCCGCCAUUAACUACGAGUGAAUUAAGCAAGGAGCUGACGUCACAUUCUUCAGAUUUAUGGAAAGAACCGACUACGCCGGUGGUGUUCAGUACCGAGAUGGAUUUCGGUAGUAUUAUUUCGAGCAAGGACCGCGUUGGACAGAUCGGGAUGGCUUCGAAUUAUAUGGAUCAUACGCCGACUUCCCAUUUGAACAAAAUUACAUCGUCUCAUCGUUUCAAUGAUCUGGGCAGUAUGUUAACCAGUAUCGGCUUGGAGAAAUAUAUACGCCUGUUCACGUCUCACGAGGUGGACAUGGCCACGUUUCCUUCCUUGACAGAGAAGGACCUUUGUGAAAUUGGAAUUACCGCUUGGGGUGCGAGGCGCAAAAUAAUGCUAUUAAUAUCUGAAAUGAACAAACGAACUAGUCCGUUCUCUGGAAGUGCUGCGCCCGGCGCUGAACGGAAGGCAUCCUCGUCGUCGGCGCCAGCGUCGUCGAUUGGCAAGUGUAAUUUGGACACUAAAUGGUAAAAGAAAAAUGAUCGCGUGUAUGUUAUCCGUUCCGAACGCAGUGGCGUGUCAGCACUAUCAAGGCCCGAUUU